AUGGGAUGGCUGUUGGUGCUGCUUUCGCUCGCACUGCCUCUGGUGGAGGGAGAGCCCGGCGAGGUUGGUGGAUGCCAGAGGUUCGUCGAGAUCGAAGACCAGCCGUACGUGGCGUCGCUGCAGAAGAUCGCGGAGGGACACGUGUGCACGGCGACGCUGAUCACGACCCGCUGGCUGCUGACGGCCGCCCAGUGCAUCGUCGUCAGGGAAGGAGAGCCUCUGCCCGCCGCCGACUACUUCGUACUGAUGGGCUCUUCCAACUUCACUAACCAAAUCGCUUUAAAGGUGGGGCAGCGGGGGUGGCCCGAUCUGUUCGUGGUACACCCCAUGUUCAAAAUCGAGAUGACCCUCGACUACGACCUGGGGCUGAUCCGGCUGCAGUCGAAGCUGGUGUUGAGCCGUCGGGUCUCCUACGUGCCGCUGCCCGAUGACAUCAUCCCCGGGGAGAUCUUGUACAGUCUCAACUGCACCGUGGCUGGCUGGGGAAAGAUAAAGGGAAAAUCACCCAAGAAGGCGAGGACCCUGGUGAAGCUGCACCUGCGCCUCGUGGACACGCCCAAUUGCUCACAGUCACUACAACGUCAGCUGCGCGGCCAUGUGCAUCUCUGCUCGUUCCAAGACAAAAUAUUGUGUGGCGGGGACACUGGCUCGGCGCUCAUAUGCCAUGAUGUGCAGGUGGGCGUGGCGUCGUGGUGCAUGAUGUGCGCCGACCGCAGGCCGGGCGUGUACGCGCGCGUCGACACGCAGCUGGCGUGGCUGCUGCAGGUCAUCUCCGGGGCGCCUCCGGUGCUGCCGGCGGCCGCGCUCUGCGGCGCCUGGACGCUGGCGGCGGCCGCCCUCUCCUGGCGGUGA